UUAAUUGAUUACAGGAUUACUGACAAUAUUAUGGCAGUUAUUCGUGUAUUUUUCAAUUUUAACAACUUGAUAGAGUCAGUGGAGGCUCCUGGGGAAUCGGCUGAAUCAGGAUUCUGCUCCUUGUUGGCUGCUUUGCUUGUUACUGCCGUCGCGGCGGCAACAAGAAGCACAUAAACACUACAGAAGUUUUGUGAUUUUUUGUUUUGAUUUGCAGAUCUUGAUUCAUGAACGUGAUAAUUAAGUUCCUGCAAAUAAAUUAUUCAGCUUUUGCACUUUGCAUCUGAAUCCUAUGCUUCUGUUGCUUUAGAAGGGUUAUUUUGGUAUUGCCGGCCAAUAAAGACAAACCCUCGAUUUCUUAUCCCUUGCUUUCUCUGCUCCCUGUCCCUGAACCCAUUUCACUGCAAGUGAUUCAAUUGCACUCAAUCUUCUUUUCUUACCAUCCUCUCAGUUCCUUUCUUCACCUAACCUUGUUUUUUUUUUUCCCCCCUUUUAUAUUAAACAUUCCUUCUCCCACAAACACCCAUAUGUUACAGUGGUUUAACGCCGUUGGGUCGGAUUGAAAAACACGCCCCCGAUGUUCUAAUUUUCUCCAUAAUUUAAUAUUUGUAGUAAAUACUUCUCUUCUGGCGGUUGAUUGGGGCUUGCUUCCGUGAGAUUGAGGUGAUUCUUCCUUUCGGUGGGAAUCCUAACUUUGGUAUCUGAAGAAUUGAGGGUUUUUGACAAUGUUUGGAAGCUUGAAAAGGGUGUUUCAAAACUCUAGAUUUGCGCCUCUCAUCCUGUCACAUUGUUCAUUUGAUAUUAUUUAAGGAGAUAAGUUUUUGGGUUCAAUAUUUGCGGAUGUAAGUGCUGCUGAGAGCACUUUUUCAGAUUUUAAAAAAGAUUCUCAGUCAGAUCGUUAUUGGCCUGAUGGAUCAGGCGAGGAAGCCAGAAAGUGAUGAGGCAUCGGAUCUCGUUGAUGAAGGGACAGGAAAUAAAACAACUCAUUCGGUUGAAGGGUCUGCUGAUGCAGUAGCUGGUGGCAGCUUGAGUGGAGCUAUCAAAAGUGGAGAUGUGACUACAGAAGAGACAGGUAAUGAUCCGGGACUGAAUAAGAAACUACAUGAGGCGCCUGCAGAAGCUAUGGAUAAGGGCACGCGGGAUCAGCAAAGUACCAGUGACACAUUCCUUGUAGUUGAUCAGGGAACAAGUUAUAAUUCAAGGAAUUUGCAUAAUAGGGCCGUACUUGAGACCGUGGUUGUAAUAGAUUCUGCUGAGACAGAGUGUGUGAAUGGAGGUAAUGGGAAGUUCGAAGCGAAAGUCAAUGAAUCGGAGUUGAACAAGGCAUCUAUGAAAUCACCAAAAGGGCCGUCUGAAGGGGAUAAAAAUUCAUGCGUGAUCAAUAUAAAGUCUGGUAGCUGCAGAGAAUUUAGCGAGAAUGUGGAGGGUGAAAGGGUUUGUAGAAUUUGCCAUCUGGCUUCUGGGCAACCAUCAGAUUCAACAGCUGCUAGCCCAACAAACAGUGCUUCUAGUGGAGAACUAAUUCAGCUUGGUUGUGCGUGUAAAGAUGAGCUGGGUAUUGCGCACAGUCAUUGUGCUGAGGCAUGGUUCAAGUUAAAAGGCAACAGAUUGUGUGAAAUAUGUGGCGAAACUGCCAAAAAUGUUUCGGGUGUUGCUGAUCAUGGAUUUAUGGAAGAGUGGAAUGAAAGGACAUUCAUCGACAAUCGCAGCACCUCAUCUGGCAUGUGCUGUGGAUGCUGGCGUGGACAGCCAUUUUGUAACUUCUUGAUGGCAUGCCUGGUAAUUGCUUUUGUUCUGCCAUGGUUUUUCCGUGUAAAUAUGUUCUGACAGGGGAGUCACUCUAUACUUCAUCAAUUCUUCAAGCCUGUAUAUGCUGUGGGUGCGUGGUUGAUCCCUGGGCAUAUUUUGUGGCAUGUUAAUCCUUAGCCACGUCCAAAUUGAUAUUUCUCAGUCUCUGCUUUGAAGAUGUGAAGCCUCGGUUUGAGGAAGUCACCACCUUGACAAGUUAUUGGCCGAUUGUUCUCCUAUUGCAUUCUUUGGAUUGUGGGUGGUGUUCUGAGUGUAUUGAUUCGAGAAAAACGUGUUUUCUUUUCAUUUUUACGAAGAAGAUAUUGCACUUAUGGGGCAUAGAUAAUAGCCUUUCUUUGUUAGAUAGGAAAACAAGAAGGUUUCAGAACCAUAAAAAAGAGCUUGUCCUCAUUGUUCCUUUUUCUCUCUUUCAUUUGUCUUGCUUUCUUUUCAAUUUCAUUCUUGACAGUUAUAGCAUUUAGUUGGCUUCUACAAUUCAAAAGUUUUUGUUGUCAUGUGUUGGUCAUUAAAAAUGUUAAUUUCUUUUUGUGAUGUUGGAAAUUCCCAAAAUUUCGUUCCC